AUCUUGGCCAAGCGCAGCAGCAAAAACGGCUCUCUCUCUCCCUCUCUCAUUUCUUUUUCGAGUCCACAUCAUUUUGAGAUUUCCAAACCGGGGGACAUACCUCAGUGAAAACGGGCAGCUUCUUUUUUGAACGAUUAGAAAUGCGGAUCCACCUUGGAUUUUUACGUCGGAGGAGUACGGAAGCUUCGUUAUCAACUCGACCCAAACCGGAAGAGGCCAAAAAAUGGACAGAAUCUUUCGACAACCUUAUGGCAUCUAAAUAUGGGUCGUCUCUUUAUCGAGCCUUUCUAAUUCGUGAAUUCAGUAAUGAGAACCUUGAAUUUUGGCUGGCCGUGGAAGAGUACAAACAUUUGAAACCGCAAAAAAUGGCAACUAAAGCCCAGCAAAUUUACAACGACUUUGUGGCCGUCCAAGCCUCCAAAGAGAUCAAUCUGGAUGCUGAAACGAGGCUCAUGACACUGGCAAAUGUCCAGUCUAACAAUCCGGACGUACACGCGUUCGAUCGUGCCCAGAGAAGGAUUCAACACAUGAUGGAACGUGAUUCUUACUUGCGUUUCCUUCAGUCUACGCUCUAUCUUGAACUCAUUCACACGGAACAUUGUCCAUCAUCGGCCGGCUACGUUUCCGACAAUUAAAUCAUAGGGCCUAGAUAGAACACGACAACCAAACAACUCAAUCUUGAACGGAUUUUUUGCAGCUACUCACCUAUAGGCUCACUGUGAUAUUAUUCCUCAUGUUUUGGUUCUCCUCUUUCUCAAAUGUGUAAUGCCAGUUUAAACAUUUUUUAAAUAGUCUAAAAUUUUUAAAGGAACACGAAUUUAUUUCAGAGGCGAGUUUCGGUGUCAAAGUUUGAAUUCUGCAGUCCGUCAACUAGUCUCGUUUGUGUGUCUCAAAUAUUGUUAUUUUGUCUUGCCAGGAAUUUUGAGUUGACGUUUCAUGACUAUCGAACAACUCGAAAUGGUUUGCAAGUGCUGUAUGUUUCUUUUAUGUUCUAGUCCACAUAUGUAUUUGUUUUUUUUUCUUAUGUAACCAAUGUAUCGAAAUGGGAAAAAUUCACGGUCGGCGGGUCCCGACCCAAGGGAUCUCGAUGUAAUUUAUUUUUACAAUUACAUGUCUAC